UUUUAUUGAUGAUUCAUGCCUGUUUGUCCAGAUGAUGUCGCCUGUGAGAUUUCUGUUUAUACCUGGGAUACUUAUAUUUCUCAACAUAGGAUACUCACAUCAGCAAGUUUUCAGGUCACCUUGAAAAAUACCACGGUUGCUCCCGGAGGGUUUGUAAGUUUGGACGUUCAAGUCGUUGCUGAGAUCACAGGCAGCGGAGUGUGGUCCAAGGAUGGCAACCCACUCUCAACUAUACCAGGCAAGCUGACGAUAACAGAACCAGGCCAAUAUCGCCAGUUGAUCCUUUUUAACGUUGGGGCAUCGGACGUUGGAAGUUAUACUUUCACUAUCAAUGGGCAGUCCACAUCAGCCUAUCUCACCGUGGGGGUUUCAGGUCCGGUUGAUGGUAACUGGGUGGAGUGGUCACAGUGGAGUGACCCCGGCUGUCCUGCCACGUGUGGUCCUACAGCCAGACGCGACGUCAUCAGAUCCAGGACCUGUAGUAACCCAGCUCCUAGCAAUGGUGGAUUUACCUGUGCUGGUCAAAAUAGCCAAACUGAAACCCGAGAGUGUGGACCAUCUUCCUGUGCUGUUGCAGUCAACGGGAACUGGGGGGAGUGGUCACCAUGGAGUGGUCCCUCCUGUCCUGCCACGUGUGGUCCUACAGCCAGACGCGAUGUCACCAGAUCCAGGACCUGUGAUAGACCAGCUCCCAGCAAUGGUGGCGCUUCCUGUCCUGGUCAAAAUAGCCAAACUGAGUCUCAAGUUUGUGGACCAUCUUCCUGUGUGGCGUCCACCUUUACAAACACACUGUCAGAUCAGACGCGAUCCGUCGGUGGACAGGUGAUAUUCCAGGUGGAUCUUGCUCAGUCAGGUGUCACAGGUGUCUGGACAAAGGAUGGUGCCACGAUAACGGCAGAUGGAACUCACCAGAUCGUUUCAAAUGGCAAUGCUGCGAUUCUCUAUAUCGCUAAUCUUCAAGUGUCCAACUCUGGACGGUAUUCUUUCACAGCUAAUGGGGAGACCAUCUCAGCCCAGCUGACAGUUAACGCAAUUGCAGGUGCAGUCAAUGGGAACUGGGUGGAGUGGACACAGUGGAGUGACCCCGGCUGUCCUGCCACGUGUGGUCCUACAGCCAGACGCGACGUCACCAGAUCCAGGACCUGUACUAACCCAGCUCCCAGCAAUGGUGGAAGUACCUGUCCUGGUCAAAACAGCCAAACUGAAACCCGAGAGUGUGGACCAUCUUCCUGUGGUGUUGCAGUCAAUGGGAACUGGGGGGAGUGGUCACAGUGGAGUGGUCCCUCCUGUCCUGCCACGUGUGGUCCUACAGCCAGUCGUGACGUCACCAGAUCCAGGACCUGUUCUAACCCAGCUCCCAGCAAUGGUGGCGCUCCCUGUCCUGGUCAAAAUAGCCUAACUGAAUCUCAAGUGUGUGGACCAUCUUCCUGUGUUUCAGACACAGCAGUAAACGGGAGCUGGGGAAGUGGUCACAGUGGAGUGGUCCCUCCUGUCCUGCCACGUGUGGUCAUACAGCCAGUCGUAAUGUCACCAGAUCCAGGACCUGUUCUAACCCAGCUCCCAGCAAUGGUGGUGCUUCCUGUCCUGGUGAUAACAGUCAACGUCAGACCGAACUGUGUGGACCAUCUACCUGUGACACAGCAGUCAAUGGGAACUGGGGGGAGUGGUCACAGUGGAGCGGUCCCUCCUGUCCUGCCACGUGUGGUCCUACAGCCAGUCGUAACGUCACCAGAUCCAGGACCUGUACUAACCAAGCUCCCAGCAAUGGUGGCGCUCCCUGUCCUGGACAAAGAAGCGAAACUGAAAACCGACAGUGUGGACCAUCUACCUGUGCCAGUCGUAACGUCACCAGAUCCAGGACCUGUACUAACCAAGCUCCCAGCAAUGGUGGCGCUCCCUGUCCUGGACAAAGAAGCGAAACUGAAAACCGACAGUGUGGACCAUCUACCUGUGAUAAGACACAGCAGUAAACGGGAACUGGGGGGGGAGUGGUCACAGUGGAGUGGUCCCUCCUGUCCUGCCACGUGCGGUCCUACAGCCAGUCGUAACGUCACCAGAUCCAGGACCUGUUCUAACCCAGCUCCCAGCAAUGGUGGCGCUCCCUGUCCUGGUGUUAACAGUCAACGUCAGACCGAACAGUGUGGACCAGCUACCUGUGUUAAUGGCGGCUUCACACAGUGGAGCAUGUGGACCACAACACGACCGUGCAGAGACACAUGUGGCGAUAAACUCACGAAGACUCUAGUCCGUACACGCACCUGCACCAACCCAGCCCCGGCGUACGGGGGAAGUGCUUGUACGGGCGACACCCAGCAAACCUCAGUAGAAAACUGUAACUUACCAGUGUGUGGUGCUAUUCAGUCCCACCUACAGAGCCAGUCAGCCGGUCCUGGUGGGUCGGUUGUCUUUGAAGCAGUCUUGAACCAAGACAACGCAGUGGGGUACUGGCAAAGGAAUGGAAUCACACUGACUAAUUCAUCCAAAACGCUAAUCGAAUCCAUUGGGAAGACCCAGAAAUUGACGAUCUCAAAUGUGGAGGCGUCUGACGUAGGCAACUACUCAUUCGUCGUAAACGGCGAGACGACAACGGCUGCGCUCGCACUUCGGUCGACUGUCCCUGUCGAUGGCGGCUUCAGUGAAUGGGCCACGUGGACGAGUGGUCAGUGUUCAGUCUCUUGCGGCAACGGGUUGACGACGGGUACAAGAAGCCGCACGUGCACUAAUCCUGUGCCUCAGAACGGAGGUCAGCAUUGCUCAGGGCCGACGACAGACACGAGAACAUCCCCUUGUAACAGGACGUGUAUAGUUGAUGGUGGAAUGACUGAGUGGGGUGCAUGGGUCAACCAAUCCUGCACGGAGACUUGCGGUAAGAGUGCCACGAGAACUGUGGACAGACACCGAAACUGCUCAAAUCCAGAACCGAGGUAUGGAGGGCGCCCUUGUACAGUCCAUCCGUAUGAAUCUAAAGUGGUCAACUGCGGACUUGAGGACUGUCCGUCGACAGCGUCUCCUGCAUCUUCCCGAGGAUUCACAGUACGGUGGAAUGUCGAAUGGGGCUCUUGGAGUGUUCCUGCGUGUCCACCACUGACAUGUGAGAAUCCGACCAGCCUCCGGAAUGCGACCAGGACCCGAUCCUGCAAACCUUCCACCACUGUUGCCGGUAGACCCUGCAGCGGGGACACAACUGAGGCGGAGAGGAGAGACUGUCGUCUUUUAGACUGUGGUUACGGCACAAUAUCUCCGGUUGUAAUUGGUGUUGCUGUAGGGGCUGCUGUUGCUCUUGUGAUACUGAUUGCAGUCAUCGCAGUAUGCAUCAAGCGGAGACAGAGACAGAAGGAAUACAACCGACAUAACAACGUUGCACAACCAUCAGAACUCCAGUUAACACACUACAACCUUGAACUUCUGGCCGUGUUGGGUGAAGGUCACUCUGGAAGGUCUGGAAGGCCAAGGCCAAUGGGAUUCUACACACAGGUCAAUGUGACAUCGUUGCUGUUAAAAGUAUGUAAAGUGAAGUAG